GUUAAAGAAGAUUCAGACUGCGUAUGUAAGUAGCUAUUUAGCCUGGGAGCGAGCGCUGACUUCGAUUGUGUGGCCCCCUUCGACGCACGGCAUCAACAUGGCCCUCGCCACGAAUACGAUACCGGCCGGGUGGAAGCCAGCUUCAUCGGGUUGUCAAGACAGGGGUGAUAACUGGGUCUGGGCCGACAGUGUAUGGGGGAUGGCCGUGCUGGGGUCUCCGGACCAGACCUCGUCGUGCUAUCCGCCAGACUUCACCCCGACACUGGGACACCUGUACACCGCGAGCUCAUGUCCCAACGGCUUCACGCCCGCGUGCACGACGAACUACUACUCGUCGUCAUGGUCGACCCUCUGCUGUCCUCGGGCUACCGGCGACUCCCCGUACUCGUGCGAGUACAGGUCCUUCUGGUCCUGGACGGCGGCCUGCGUCACGGCAAUGUACCCGUACUCGACGGAGCUCACGGCCACCGCGACCUACUUCAGGAACCCGGCGCAGCCUACGGGUGCAGCCCCGGCCCCCACGGGCGACAGCCCGCCGGCCUCGGGCACCUGGACGACGUCCAACUUCACGAGCACGUACACGACCACGCUGCUGAGCACGCGGGAGCUCUUCCUCUGGACGACGACGUAUGACGAGGGCCAGAGGCUGUGGGCGCUCGGGGUCGCCAUCUCACCUCCGGACUCGACAUCAGGUGUCAGCACGAUCAACGGCGGCCAAUCAUCAUCAUCAACAACAACAGGACCCAGCACCAGCACCAGCACCAGCUCCCCAUCCGGCGGCGGCCUCUCCGCGGGCGCGGCGGCCGGGAUCGCCAUCGCGGCCCUCCUCGCGGCCAUCCUCAUCGCCCUGGGCACGUGGCUCCUGUACCGCCGGGGUAUCAUCAGGAAGCAGCGGCCAGAUGCCAGUGGCGGCGGAGGAGGAGGCACCGGCCCGGCCGGGGCUGGGGCUGGAGGGCACGCUCAACGCCCCCCGGCCUCUCCCGCGGAGCAGAAGCUAGGCCCUAACGAGCUGGCCGGGGAGCAGCAGGCACGGUGGUGGUGGCGGCGCCCGGACGAGUACGUGCCGCAGCGGUCGCCUGUAGAGGUGCAUGAUACGGACUCGUCGCGGUACGGGGUGGGUGGGCCUCAUGAGUUGCCAUAG